UCAUUGUGGUUUAUCACGUUUUCCAGGAAAAGUUGCAACAGCUACACAUUAACUUUAUAUAACCGGGAAAAAUAAUGGAAUAAGGACUUGCAGCAGACCUAUCUACUCGAUAAUUACUGUGAUAGUGAUACAUAAAGAUGGCGUUAAGAAGAGAACAUCUACAAACUCUGUUACUAUUACUUUCUGUGUGCUUGGCAGAAAGUAAAAUGACGGAAACAUACAAGGUGAUGACGUAUAAUGCUGCCUUGUUAGGGGCUAGUAUAUCAGUCAAUGGAACCAUUCCUGACAACCGUGUAGAAAGACGAGACGCCUUAAUUGAAUAUCUCAACGAUGAUGCUAACUCAGACAUCGUCUGUCUACAAGAAGUAUUCACUGGCCAAGAUGUUGAGGCGAUUGUAAAUGGUGUUGGCUCGAAGUUUCUUUUCACAUACAGCGAGAUACAUCUGAGUGAUGGAACACUUCCGCCUCAGUCAGAUGUUAUAUGGGCACCGGCAUGUAACACAACAGACUACCUUAAUUUUGCAAAUUGUGCACUUGGAAACGGAUGUUUGAGUUCAACGUCCGACACAAUACUUUCUCCAGUAACAUAUGACUGUCUUGUUACCAAAUGCCCGACAGAGUUUCAAACCAUAGUGUUUGUAAAUGGAGAGAAAUGUGUUAGCUGUCUCAUCAGAAAUUCACCUAAAAAUCAUUUCAAAAGGUGUGCAGGACCUCCAUCUACAGACCGUUGGAAUAUAAACAAAAUUGGACUUUUAUUGCUGUCCAAAAAAGAAUUAUCUGACACUGAAGCUAUUGAGUAUUUUCCAAAUGACAUCAACAUCUUCGCAUACGGAUAUCUUCGUGCAAAGGUUGGCGAUCUGACCAUCGGCUGUACACAUAUAGUACCCACAGAUUUCAACUUUCCUCCACUCAUGUCCCAGUUUCAAACCUUCUCGGAGCAACAAGCGGUAGAACUGCAGAAAUUUGUUGAUGCUUUCGCUGGUGCAGAUCCCGUAAUUGCACUCGGGGACUUCAACUGUGGUCCUGACACUGAAAUAUUCGACCCAGUCGAUGCAUCUAAUUACGAGAUACUCACAGGUUUUUUCACAACAAAACAUACAGAGGAAGGCACGUACAGAUCGGAGAAUGUAUACAACGAAGCUCCUGGUCAGUCAUACAAUUAUGCUAUCGAUCAUGUGUUUAGUGCUGGAAGAGCAAGGAUUCUGAAUACUGAGGUAAUCCUGAAAAACGGCACAAUGCCGCUAGAAUCAAGUUGGCUUCCGUACAGUGAUCAUUAUGGUGUGAAAGCGGUAGUAAAAGUUAAAAAAUUAGAAAAAUAUUUCAGUAGAAAUGUGAUGAAAAAUAUUGCAAAAACCAUUCAUAAAACGCACAUCACAUGGAAAUUAUUACUUAUUCUUGAAUCUUUUUACUUUCCUUAAAAAAGUUUUGUCUCAAGUUUGAUUUAUUUGAAAUAUUUUUUGUUGCUCUGGAGCUAAGCAACUUUUAAUCAUUUAAAGUGCUUCUAGUACACGUAAUUGAAAAGCAGUCGUUAUGCUUAACUGA